AUGCCGAUUACCUUCACCUCGACGAAAAGGUCAGCGACAAGUUGGUGCGAGGUGAGUUGGAAGCUGAAGAGCGGAGGGCAAACAAGACUGAGGUACGUGCGGACCAUCGAUUGUCCUCACAGGUCAACGGCCGUAUAUGGCUCUCGAGAACAGUCAGCUUCUCUCCUUUUUCCGACUCUUGGCGCCUCUCAUCUCCUUCUAAUCCGGAAUAAUGUGCCGUGCCCUCGAAAACGCCUCAAGGUCGUCUUUGUCCAACACCUGGGCAAAUGCCAUCGUACACAGGCAACACUAUUCCUACCUUUACUGGCCACAUGUUGAGAAAAAUAUAAGGCUUCUGCCGUCUCAAAGUUGAACUGCUUUCAUUCAUAUAUGUUAGGGAAAAAGGAAUACUAAAAAGAUUCGUAACUUUUUUGCACUCAUUCGAUAAUAGUGUAAAAACCUUUGUUAAUUCUUCCUCAAAAAGAAUCAGCUACACGUUUUUGAGAGAUUGACCUCAAGUUCUCGAUUAAAUUCCUCUCAUAACCAUUUUUUUUUAUUUGAAAAAUCUCUAAUUCUGUAAAAUCAGCCUUUUUUGAAUAAUACGAAGAGUCGUUCACAGUUAUUCAGCUUAUUCAACAAAAUUUAUCACUAUUUUUGUAUUAGGCUGUCCGCGUUUGGAAUCUAAACGGUUUAGGUGUUCAACAUUCCGAGUUUUUGAUUAUACCUUUUUUUUCCAAUUUUUGAAACAAUCUGAUUUCUUUGCAGUUUUCAGGCUCUUCCCCUUUUCAUAUUAAUGUGAAAAAAAAGUGUACAGGCACGUCCGAUUUUUUUUUUUUAAAUGAAAAACUGGCAAAGGAGUUGUAUGCUCUAACUCAUAGGAUUCGUCAAAUUUCGACAAAAAAGUAUUCUUUCUUUUCAAAUAGAAUGAGCAACAUCCAUUUGAUUAUAUUUGUUCUCAAGUCUUCUUCAACAAUGUAAUUUCUAUGUUCUGAAAGUAGAACGAAAAGGACGGCUCGAGCUCUAGCAAAGGCCGACGUCGGUGGAGCGAGAGAAUCCUCGUUUUGUGGUUGGUCGUCCUUCCCUCAUUCCGCAGCCCAAAAGAAGACCUUGAGAUCUGCGGUUGGGUGGCGCUAUGCAGCCGCGAUCGUUCAUUCCAAUUGUACACGCCUAUCGAUCUCCGGCGACCCCCAGCUGGUCACAGCGAACCUUUUUGUUUGUUUGUUUGGGCUUCUCGCUGAUAACCUUUCCAGCGACGUUCUCUCCUAA